AUGGCGGAUUUUAUAGUUCCGGAAAUCAAUGGAAUAGUUCAACUGCUUCAUCAGAUAUCUGAAGAGAAAUUCAUUAAGUUUAUGUUAAUUACUCAAGGUAUUUCACCAACUACUGAUUUUAGUUUUCAUUUCUCAAAUCAUUUCACCAAAUCAGAAACUACUGAUAUUAGAAUUAUUUUAGAAAGAUCAAUAACAAAUAUUCGGCCGGUAUUGAAUCACUUUAAAACUAUUAAAUUGUAUAAAUCUUUCAAUCCUAGUAUUAAUAAUGAUGAAGUUGCUUGUCAAUUAAGAGAUUUAUUUAAUUCAUUAAAUCAAAAUGUUUGUAAAGAUAUUGCGAAAUCUUGGAUAAAAAUCCUUCAACCUGAUAAACAAAAAUAUUUCCCAUAUACUAGAAAAGAUAUUAAACCAGAAUGGUGGCCCCCUAAUGUUGUUCAUACCGAACCUGAUCAUUUGAAAAAAGAUGAAAGAAUUCAAGUAUUGAUUAAUGUGGUACGAGAUCCUAAAUUUCAAUUAGAAAAUGUUAAUGUGAACUCAAUUAGACAUAAAAUUCAACAUACUGAAGCUAUAAUUCAUGAGAUUUUAUAUAUUUGUCAUUUUGAAAGGAUAAUUCUGGAGAAUGGUCUUGAUACGGAGAGAUUACAAGAAACUGCUUCUAUGCUUGAAAAAGGUUUACUAAAAACUCGGAAUGUGGUUAAUUUGAUUGUUAGUGAUAUGAGAUAUCAUGAUCCAGAAGGAAUAUUGCAAAGUAGAAUUGACGAAAAGGAUACAAACAAUAGAAUUUUCAAAAUAGGAGCUAUAGUACCAACUUCACAUCCAAGAGAACUUACUUUAACUAGACAACUACAACCACCUAAUCUUAAAAAAGUUAGAAAACAAAGAACAAUAAAAAGAACAAUAAGUAUUCCAGCAAUGUCAAGAUUAGAAACUGAUUUACGAGUUGCAUCAAGUUCAACAGUUGUUCAACCAACAGAUACAAAUCCACAUGAUUACGAUGCAAAUUUAACUUUACGAGAUUCAGGUGAUGGAUCUCAUUCAUCAUUAGGUACACCUGUUGAACAUGUUGAUCAUGUUGAUCAUGUUGCUCAUGCUGAGCAUACUGAUUUUACUCUGAUGUUCAAUGAACCACCAGAACCACUUGGUAUGUAUUUGCAACCGUCUUAUCAACCUAACCCCAUUGAUCCAAUUGAUUUGAUGGGAAACCAACAUGGUUAUUAUGGUGAUGAUGAAAAUCAAAGAGAACCAAAAGACGAAGACGACGAUUUCCAACAAUAA